AUGGCGGACGAGCAACCGACAGCAGCUGGCCGGCGCCGGGGCAGAGGAGCCGAAGCGACGGCCCGAGCUGAGGCCUUGGAACGGCUCAAGGCGCUCCGGCGUGGCGGACGCAGAUCUGGAGAAUCAGGAGGAUACGACAUCAAACUAGAGACCCCGAUAUACGACACCGUGGAAGACGACGAGUAUGAUGCGCUGGUGGCGCGUCGCAAGGAGGAGGCGCGAGGUUUUAUUGUAGACGAUGACGGCCUCGGCUACGGCGACGAAGGCCAAGAAGAAGACUGGUCCACCGCCGGAAUCCCUUCUUCGUCGGAUGACGAAUCAUUGGACGGCCACAAAUCGUUUAAGAGGAAGAGAGUUGAAAAAAAAGAAAAGAAAGAAAAUAAUCAACAUGUAAAGAAGUCGAACCCUUCGCUGACGGCCGCAGCGGCAAUGAUGGGGAAACAGAGAUUAUCAGCGAUGUUAACGUCAACGGCGAUGUUUAGAAAAUCCAAGGAUGAUAAAGUAAAGGAAAGUGAGAGUGUUGUUGAUGAAGUUUUAGCGGAAUUCGCGCCAGAUGACGCGGAUCGAGAGAGGCGUAGAAGGUCGCACCCAGUUUCAGUUUUAAGUAAUAAUAAGAGUUUUCUUUCGGUUAAUUCUGUUCAAAGUGAGCAUCAAUUGGUCACUAAGUCGUUAAAUUCAGUACCGAAGGAAAAUUGUGAUUUGGUGAUGAAUUCGGUAGUAAAUCAAAAUGCUUAUGCAGUAGUUUGUGAUGUGAAUGAGGAAAAGUGUUUAAUCGAUGACUUGAAAGAUUCGAGACCAGUGUCUGGUGUGAGUACGGAACUGAUUAAGAAGGAUGUGAUUGAAUUGAAAGAGGAAGUGAAGGAGGAGACUCGUAAACUGAAUGCAAAGAUUAGUAACGAGGAGAAGGAUCCAGCAUUGAGUGCCAGUGCUGGGUGGAAGGCCGUUAUUAGUGGUAAUGGGGCAGCUGAUGAUAUGAAAAAUGGCUCAAACAGUGAAGAGCUGUCAGAAUUUGAGGUGGAUGCAGAUGGAUCGUUGCCGUUUUACAUUGUUGAUGCCCAUGAGCAGUUUUCUGGUGCCAAUAUGGGAACUGUCUAUCUCUUUGGGAAGGUCAAAGCAGGAAACACAUAUCAUAGUUGCUGUGUGGUUGUUAAGAACAUGCAGAGGUGUGUGUAUGCAAUCCCAAAUGGUUCUCUAUUUCAAACUGAUGAGAUAAUGAAGCUUGAGAAAGAUGCUGAAGAGUCUCGCAUUGCUCCAGCAGUUUUCUGGACAAAGCUUCAGGAUGUGGCUUCAGGAUUAAAAAGUGAAAUAGCAAAACGGUUGCUAAGUCUCAAUGUUUCAAGUUUUAGCAUGUCAGUGGUUAAGAGGAGAUAUGCAUUUGAGCGAUCUGACAUACCUAUUGGUGAGAAUUAUGUGCUCAAGCUCAAUUACCCAUUUAAGAACCCGCCACUUCCUGCAGAUCUAAAAGGAGAAACUUUCUGUGCUCUGCUUGGUACUCAUACAAGUGCCUUGGAACAUUUUCUUGUUAAAAGGAAGGUAAAGGGACCUUCUUGGCUAUCAGUUUCAAAAUUUUCUACCUGUCCUGCUCCUCAAAGGGUGAGCUGGUGCAAAUUUGAGAUUACUAUUGACUCUUCCAAAGAUAUACGAGUUUCAUCUUCCUCAAAGAAUGUGCUAGAGACUCCUCCAGUGAUUGUGACAGCAAUAAAUUUGAAAACUAUUGUCAAUGAAAAACAGGAUGUAAAUGAAAUUGUCUCUGCAUCUGUCAUCUCCUGUCUCAAGGCUAAGAUUGACACUCCCAUGUUGGCCUCAGAAUGGAAGAAACCCAGUCUUCUAAGCCAUUUUACUGUUGUACGCAAGCUUGAUGGAGGUAUAUUUCCUAUGGGGUUCAACAAAGAGGCAACAGAUAGAAACUCAAAGGCUGGUUCAAAUGUUUUAUGCUCCGAAAGCAGUGAGAGAGCUUUGUUAAAUCGUCUCAUGAUUGAAUUAUACAAGUUGGAUAGUGAUGUUCUUGUUGGGCACAAUAUAUCUGGGUUUGACCUGGAUGUUCUCCUCCACAGAGUGCAGGCUUGCAGAGUGCCUAGCAGCAUGUGGUCCAAGAUUGGCCGUCUUAAGCGAUCAGAAAUGCCUAAGCUUAUGAAAGGAAGAUCCACUUUUGGGUCUGGAGCUAGUCCUGGUGUCAUGUCUUGCAUUGCUGGUCGGCUCUUAUGUGACACAUAUUUGUGUUCCCGUGACUUAUUAAAAGAAGUCAGUUAUUCUCUGACACAACUUGCAAAGACUCAGUUGAACAAAGACCGCAAAGAGAUCGCCCCACAUGAAACCCCCAGAAUGUUCCAAACAUUGGAAUCCCUUUUGGAGCUUAUUGAAUGCGGUGAAACAGAUGCAUGGUUAUCUAUGGAGCUCAUGUUUCAUUUGAGUGUUCUUCCCCUCACACGUCAACUAACUAAUAUAAGUGGCAAUCUUUGGGGAAAAACUCUUCAAGGUGCUAGAGCUCAGAGAGUAGAGUAUCUUCUAUUGCAUUCAUUCCAUGCAAAGAAGUUUAUUGUCCCGGACAAGAUUUCUUCUCAUAUGAAGGAAAAUAAGAUAGCAAAGCGUAGAUUAAGUCAUGGUGUGGGGGACAGAAAAGCUGAAGAGGAAAAUAUUGAUGAUGCAAAUUUUGAUGAUGCUGCUCCACAUAAUGAACAUGGAAAAGGCAAAAAGGGUCCUGCUUAUGCUGGUGGAUUGGUUUUGGAGCCAAAAAAGGGUUUAUACGACAAAUAUAUCUUGCUUUUGGACUUCAAUAGUCUUUAUCCUUCUAUUAUUCAGGAAUAUAAUAUUUGCUUUACAACAGUGGAAAGAUCUCCAGAAGGAUUUGGUCCUCAUUUACCAUCUAGUAAAACAACUGGAGUCCUACCAGAGUUGCUUAAAAAUUUGGUUCAGAGGAGAAAAAUGGUUAAGUCAUGGAUGAAGAAUGCAUCUGGUCUUAAGGUCCAGCAGCUUGAUAUUCAGCAGCAAGCAUUAAAGCUCACUGCAAAUAGUAUGUAUGGAUGUCUUGGGUUUUCCAACUCAAGAUUUUAUGCAAAGCCUCUUGCAGAGCUUAUAACACAACAAGGAAGGGAGAUUCUUCGGAGCACUGUUGAUCUUGUUCAGAAUAAUUUGAACUUAGAGGUAAUCUAUGGUGAUACAGAUUCAAUUAUGAUUUAUAGUGGACUAGAUGAUAUUGCAAAAGCAAAAUCUAUUGCAGGGAAAGCCAUUCAAGAGGUCAACAAGAAGUAUAAGUGUCUAGAAAUUGAUCUUGAUGGCUUGUACAAGAGAAUGCUACUGCUUAAGAAGAAGAAAUAUGCGGCUGUCAAAGUGCAGUUCAAGGAUGGGACAACAUAUGAGGUUAUUGAACGUAAAGGUCUUGAUAUGGUUCGCCGCGACUGGAGUUUACUAUCAAAAGAUGUGGGAGAUUUCUGCCUAAGUCAAAUAUUGUCAGAGAGGUCAUGUGAGGAUGUUGUUGAGUCAAUACAUAAUUCUCUCAUGAAGGUACAAGAGGAUAUGAGAAGUGGAGAAGUAGCGCUUGAGAAAUAUGUCAUCACAAAGACGCUGACUAAACCACCUGAAGCCUACCCAGAUGCCAAAAAUCAGCCACACGUUCAAGUGGCACUGAGAUUGAAGCAAAGUGGUUACUCAACUGGUUGCUCUGCUGGUGAUACAGUACCCUAUAUAAUAUGUUGUGAACAGGGGAUAAGUUCAGGAAGUUCAGUUGGAAUUGCUCAGCGUGCUAGACAUCCUGAUGAACUGAAAAGAGAUGAUGGCAAAUGGAUGAUUGACAUUGAAUACUACUUGUCUCAGCAGAUUCAUCCUGUAGUAUCACGUCUAUGUGCUUCAAUUGAAGGUACAAGCCCAGAGCGCUUAGCUGAUUGUUUGGGGCUUGACUCAUCCAAGUUCCAAAGUAAAUCAAGUGAAGCAAUUCGCAAUGAUUCUUCUAGCUCAUUCUUGUUUGCUGUGGAUGAUGAGGAGAGAUACCGGGGUUGUGAGCCAUUGAUCUUGUCCUGUCCCAGUUGCUCUAGUAAUUUUCACUGCCGAGCUGUCUUCAGUUCUGUUUAUACGUCAAUCAGUGAGAAGCCAACAAAAGCAGAAACACAGUGCAACUUUUGGCGUAUAUUGCGCUGCCCUAAAUGUCCAGAGGAUGGUGAUGUGGGUAGGAUAUCUCCUGGAAUGAUAGCUAACCAGGUCAAAAGGCAGGCGGAGGGAUUUGUCUCAAUGUAUUAUAAGGGCUUAAUGACGUGUGAUGAUGAAACUUGCAAGUACACCACACGUAGUCUGAACUUGCGGCUGGUUGGUGAUUCCGAACGAGGAACGGUUUGUCCAAACUAUCCACGUUGUAAUGGCCAUCUCUUAAGAAAGUACACCGAAGCAGAUCUGUACAAGCAGCUUUCUUAUUUCUGCCAUCUGUUGGAUACUGUACGCUGUAUAGAAAAGGUACAGAUAGAGGCUAGCGCUAAAAUACCACUAGAGAAAGAGCUGAUCAAGAUUCGGCCAAUGGUCGCUUUGGCUGCAUCAACCAUUCAAAGUAUUCGAGAUAGGUGUGCCUAUGGAUGGGUACAGCUCAAUGACCUUAUCGUCUUUGUGUAAAUUUAAGCCUAACAUACAAUAUAGGUUGUCCAUAUUAUAAUUCAUUAUGUAGAUUUGUAUUUCAUUCAAAAUAGAGAACAAAAAUAAAUACAUCGGACUAGUUUUAACCCUUCCAGUUAUAGGAUAACAUAAUGUUACCUUACUGGGAUCACAUUGUCCCUUUGGCGGCCCUCGAUCAUCGCCCAUGACCCUAGGGCUGCCAUAGAUUCAUUGUCCCGGAGAUUAAACUUUUUUAAGUAUGAUUUCUGAAUAAUCUUUUUCAGUAUAGUAAUGCGGGUGAACUUUGUCCCCCGGAUACCACACACAAAUGGUGU